GUGAUGGACAGGGCGGCCUGGCGCGCUGCGGUCCAUGGGGCCGCGAAGAGUCGGACACGCCUGAGCGACUGAACUGCAACAGCAAAGGCAGGUAAGUGUCUUUGGUGAGAAGGUUGGGCGAGAGGCAUGGUUAAUUUCUUGAAACCCUGCAAUGACGUGUACCUCCUUCCCAGUUCACUGCUUAGGGAAAUGAUUAUUUCUGCCCUGGCAGUCGGGGACGUAGACGAUAUAAUAAAAAUGCCUGCACCCGUGUGUAGUAGCCUCCCCAGGACUUCGCAGACCAGCUGUGCGCGUCAAGGAGGGGUCUCCGAGCCGGACCUGCAGGCUCAGCCCGCGCUCAGAGCCGCCCCGCCCGGUGUUGAUGUUUCCCUCUCAGCCCCGCCCCCGGCCACGCGGGACUCAGCCACGCCCCUAGGCGGGCGGGCUCUCUGGGCACCGCCCACCGCCUCCCCACGGUAGCCAAUGGCGUGUGAGCUCCGCACCGCCCCUAGCAAAGAUGGCGGGGGCGGUGUCAGUGCGGGCAGGCUAGGGCUCGGAGCUGAGCCCACGGCGGACCGCGGAGACGGAGGGCGCGGCGCGGGCCAUGGAGGGGGGCGGCGGCGGCGACGGCGGGGCGCGGCAGCGCGAGCUCGAGCGCAUGGCGGAGGUCCUGGUCACCGGCGAGCAGCUGCGGCUCAGGCUGCACGAGGAGAAGGUGAUUAAAGACAGGCGGCAUCAUCUCAAGACCUACCCGAACUGCUUUGUCGCGAAAGAGCUGAUUGACUGGCUGAUUGAACACAAGGAGGCGUCUGACAGAGAGACAGCGAUUAAACUCAUGCAGAAGCUAGCAGACCGGGGCAUCAUCCACCACGUUUGUGAUGAGCAUAAGGAAUUCAAGGACGUCAAGCUCUUCUACCGCUUUCGAAAGGACGACGGCACCUUCCCCCUGGACAGCGAAGUGAAGGCCUUCAUGAGGGGACAGAGGCUGUAUGAGAAGUUGAUGAGCCCUGAGAACACGCUCCUGCAGCCCCGGGAGGAGGAGGGGGUCAAGUACGAGCGCACCUUCAUGGCAUCCGAGUUCCUGGACUGGCUGGUGCAGGAAGGGGAGGCCACGGCGCGGGAGGAGGCGGAGCAGCUGUGCCGGCGGCUGCUGGAGCACGGCAUCAUUCAGCACGUGUCCAACAAGCACCCGUUUGUGGACAGCAAUCUUCUCUACCAGUUCAGAAUGAACUUCCGGCGGAGGCGAAGGCUGAUGGAGCUGCUCAGUGAGAAGUCCCCGUCCUCCCAGGAGACGCACGACAGCCCCUUCUGCCUGCGGAAGCAGGGCCACGACAACCGGAAGUCAGCCAGCUUCAUGUCAGUCAGCCCCAGCAAGGAGAUCAAGGUCGCGUCGGCGGCGCGGAGGAGCAGCAUGAGCAGCUGUGGCAGCGGCGGCUACUUCAGCAGCAGCCCCACCCUCUCCAGCAGCCCCCCGGUGCCGUGUAACCCCAAGUCCGUGUUGAAGAGGCCCGUCACUUCUGAGGAACUCUUGACUCCUGGGGCUCCGUAUGCGAGGAAGACGUUCACGAUCGUCGGGGACGCGGUCGGCUGGGGCUUCGUGGUGCGCGGGAGCAAGCCGUGCCACAUCCAGGCCGUGGACCCCAGCGGCCCGGCGGCGGCAGCGGGCAUGAAGGUCUGCCAGUUCGUGGUCUCUGUGAACGGGCUUAACGUGCUGCACGUGGACUACCGGACGGUGAGCAACCUGAUUCUGACCGGGCCCCGCACCAUCGUCAUGGAGGUCAUGGAGGAGCUGGAGUGCUGAGCCCGGGCCGGGCAGGGGCUCGCGGCGGGCGGUGCGGCGGCGGCGGACCCGCGGAUCUGUGCUCCGCGCACUCGCGUCUUCAUUCGAGUUUCCUGCACUGAUGCCCUGUUGAAUGUGGGAGAACCAGGGAGUAUGUCUUUAAAAGAGGAAAAAGGAAAAAAGACAACACCUGUGGGUGCAGAAGAAGUUUCAGACAUAGAAUUUUUUUCCCACAUAGUUGCAUUGCCUUACUCAACUUCCAUUUGUAGUUCACGUCCGUUGUUUCCGGUCUCGGUUCACAAAAAGUUGAGAUGCUUCUUUCGCCAAAACAGCAACGUGCUAAAUCUGCCUUCGUGGGAAUCAAUACGGUAGCUUCUCUAGACUCUACGUUCUACUCUCACCAAAACGAGCAUGGAUCUGCUUAUUAGAGGAUCUCGAUUUCACUGAAUUUCAAACUGAAGCAACAUCCAAAGGAAUAGUACUUGUUAACCGGCGUUUUGAAGGUUCUAAAGCGUUUUUUGACUUUUUCUUAAUUCCUGCCUUUAGUAUCAACUUCUAACUUAAUGUGUGUUUUCAGUUAUGGCAGUGGUCAAAAAGCAAACCCUUUGUGAUGACGUGGGUGGGGCAGAGAGAGAGAGAAUUACUUAAAACGAUGUGGGCUCUGUUUUCUCUUUCUGAGCCUGGAUCAUUCUGUCAAUCAGCAAGAGCAGCUUUCUAGAAAUAAUUCUGAAUAUGUUGAAUGUCAAAACAGACAAGUUUGUAUGUACAUAUAUAAUUCAGAAUCAUGCUUCUGCCAAGAUUUCACACUGAAACUGUCCCUUGUGAAGUAUUCUGGAACUUGGCCCAUAUAUGAUAACACUUGAAACUAAAUUGCCUUAUUGGCCUGAAUUUUCACUAGCUUUCUAGUGUGACACCUUCUAAGAACAUGACAUGCUGCUUAUUUGGUGGGAUUAUUUUUUGCCAAAAGCAACUUUUUAGUCCACUUGUACAUAUGCACGUGGUUUUUUUUUCUUUUUGGGGUUUUGGGUUUUGGUCUUGAAGAGAAUGCCUUUUGGAGCUUGGUGUGUAGAGGAAGUUUCUCAGAGUGCCAAAUUAGGGAGUCAGGGAAUGCCCAGUUCCUUUCAUUUUCAUAUAAGGCGUCUGAAUGACAAGGCUGCUUUCUUACCAUGUAGUAACAAAGUGCGCAUGCUGUGCGUCGGCCUUUGUUUGGUGAUGGGUUAUAACAUGGUGGUUCUGGUAGAGUGGACGCGCUGUGCUGAAGAUGUCAGCUCUCUGUGUUUCUGGUAACCCACCUUUCUCGUCUGUAGCCUUAGGCCGAGAGCAGGGUUUCGCAGGAAUGCAGGACCUACCGCGAGUCCUGUCGGCCCGCCGCGGGAAGUCCUGUCGUCUCCGUGUGCCCGCGCGUUUACGCCGUGGCCAGGCGCUGUGACCGCUCUCCAUCCUCAUCACGACCCGCGAGGCAGUUAGAAUCGCCCUGGUGUUUCGGACUUUUCGCUCAGUCUGAGCAAGUUUAGAAGAGGUCUCUAAGUCCCCGCCGCGGCAGGAACUCCUGGGCGACAGCCUGGAUUCAGGCACCGUGUGUCUAGUGCAGGCGCCCUGACCCCACCCCAGCCCUCCGCAGCUGGAGGCCCCCGUGGCGCCGCCUUCUGCCCCGAGCUGCGCGCACACUGUGCGGUCUCUCCUGCUGACCCGGGCGGUCAGCGGCGGCGCAGCGCCGUGUCACAGCGGAGGAAGCGGGCUCAUCAAGGCUGUUAACAGUCCGGGGGAGGCGUUACCCAUCAGGCUUUCUUUAAAGGUCGUCCCAGAUGCCUUCUGGGCCUGGGUGUUCACCGCCGACUCGAGGAGGAGGCAGGCCUCCGGGGAUGGCAUCCUUCCACCAGCCGCUGCUCCUUUGCUGCCGACCUGAUGACUGUUCGGGUGCUGGCCCAGCUCCACAUCCCUUCAGCCAGUCUAAGCAGCAGAGAAAGGCUUUCCUUGAUUCAGAGGGUGGCGUUGAUGUCUUUGCUCAGAUGAAGGCCCAGGUGAAGGAAGGGAUACCAAGGUGAAGGGAGGGAAGCCUUUGGCUCCCACCACCCUGAGCUUAAAGCCCAAACGCCAGAGAAUUCUGCUUCAGGAGAGCGCCCCCUGAACCGUGGCCCCAGCCCGCGCUUCAUCCUCACCCUGUGAGUGCUCCUCACCCAGAGGUCCGGGCGGAGCUUUCUCCAGCCUUUGCACAUGCAGUUUUUCCUCCCUGGAAUUGUUCUUUCUCUGUCUCUGCCUGGAACAGUCUGUCUUAUGAACGCCCCUCAGAUAUUGUCUUAGAUAUUCCCUCUGGGAAAUCUUCACCAGCAGCCUGGUUCUGGGAUGGAUGCCCUUCUCUGAAUUCCCGGGGACCCCUAUACACCAGCCUCCCGCGAUCCCAGCACUGCUGACAUUUCCUCGGAAAUGGUCCCGUCCCCCGUUCUGUCUCCCGGAGUUCUCUCUAAGCGUCUGCAGAACGGGGCUGUCAGGCGUUGCCGUCGCCUAGCACGUUUCCUGACACAGAGCAGGCUGUCAGCUCUCCACUGCUUCUGAGCAGUCAGGCCGGAGCAUAGCUUCUCACACUACUGAUUCGCCCAGGAGCCUGUGGUUGGCCUUCGGGCAGAGCUGUGCUAGGGUGACCGAGCACAGCCUGGUGUCCUGGCUGAGUUCACACGUGCACCUGAGGUCAAUGCUCAGGGCCGAUGCUCGGGGCUGGCUCUGUGACUCCGUCUGGCUGUGGCCUGGGGCUGUGGCUGAGACUCCUCCGUUGGACUCACAUGAUCUUUCACCAUAGCUGACCCAGGCUUCCUCGUUCGGUCUCAGGAGAUCAAGUGAAGUGAAGUGAAGUGAAGUCGCUCAGGCGUGUCCGACUCUUUGCGACCUGGUGGACUGUAGCCUA